AUGCGGGACUUUGACCCUGACAAGAGCGCUUCCCUUUUCCCGCCAUGGAACACAGUCGAACUGUCUCAAAGAGAUGUUUCGCUCCAGAUACCACUUGACCAUGUGACAAUUCCUGCAAUGUCGCUUUCGGCGGCAUGUUUUGGUGACGGACGGUACGAGGAGACCCCGACAAAGAAAUGCGUGUCCAACCUUCUGUCCGUUGGCUAUAGGCGUCUAUAUGUGGACGUAUACUGGUCUCCUAGGGGCCAACUAUGGAGUCUCUGUCCAGCAGACGCUACGGGCACCAACUCGGCUCCAAACACAUCAAGUAGAACGUCAUCACAAGACAAUACAUCAAGCGCAUCACCUUCUGCUCCCACCACAACCUCGACAGCUACCAAAACCCGGAAGAGGGCCAAAUUAUACCACAUGGGGCGAUAUUCAUGUACAGAGUCGCUCAGCAUUUCGACCCUCUCGGAUGUCCUCCAGGAUUAUUUCAAGACAACGGAGAAUACCCUAAAUGCGGAUAUGAUGUUUUUAAUCAUAAACAUGCACGCUUCUGCUUCAUCGGAUUCUCCGGAAGAGCCUCCUGAUCAGCCUAGCUUGGGCGACCUUCCGUCUCCGUCACAAUUACUUGGCAAAGUCAUAGGCGGGAGCCUGGACAGAUACAUCUAUAGCCCCCAACAAUUGAUGGAAAAUCGUGGGAAUCUCCGCGCCUCCUGGUUUUCUGUUUCUCCCCCCUACCAGCCGAUUCCUGAAUACCUGGAGACUGAUGUAGAUGGUAAAAACCAUCCUGUCUCAGCUACCGGGUGGCCAUGCACAGGAUACGCCGUUCUGUCUCAGGCUACGAGACUCAUUAUGGGCUGGGGUACUAUCGACCCCCAGAUGGCGUCUUAUAACUUUACGGGAGACGGCCUAUUCUUUCCGCCAGAUUCACUUGAAUCCCGCAUAGAUAUAAAAUUCACUUCGGCUUCUGAUCUCACGAAGGGGUGUCUGUACAAUCCAGAUACCACAACCUUAUCAGAUGUUGAACGCUCCUGGGCUGUGGCAGAACUUCCUUCGCGCAACUCAUCCAAUGAGUUGUCACUAGUGACCCAGCAGUUGGCGUCCUGCGGGAUCUCAGCAAUUGUUAACCAUACGCUUUAUAAUAUGACAGCAGAUACUGAUAUCAGUCCAUAUCAGAACAUCUCAUUUUCUACCACUUGGUCUUGGGCAAAAGACGAGCCUCGCAAUUCCACUAGGACAUCCACGCCAAAAGUGAAAGAUUCUUUUCGUUGUGCGGCCAUGCAUGCGGUAUCAUCAGGCAAAUGGCAUGCACACGACUGUAACGAUGAAUACCACGUCGCUUGUCGGGUUGGAAAUUCGCCGCUUGAAUGGGUUAUUUCUGAACAUGCAACGAGCUACUUUAAUGCCGAAAAAGCUUGCCCCAACAACACAGCAUUUUCUGUCCCAAGGACAGCCCUAGAGAACAUCUAUCUCUAUGCAAAGCUUGACUCGCGGUCCAAUAGCACUGCAAUAAUCUCGCCAGGCAGCGAAGAUAAUAACAGCACUGAGGUACUUUGGAUAGAUUUCAAUUCUGCAGAUGUUCCUACCUGCUGGGUCACUCAUGGACCAAGGGCACAGUGCCCAUAUGAGCUGGAUAAUAACGAGAUUGAAAGGAGGGCCAUUCUUGUACCAACAAUUGCUGCUAUUAUCGUCCUGAUCGUGGCCGCCUUGACUAUAUUCGUUAAGUGCAAUGCGAAUAGGCGAAAUUCAAGGAGACGGAGAGUUAUCGACGGGUGGGAUUAUGAAGGUGUACCAUCAUGA